AUGUUGUAUGGGUUGUCUGACUCUGGGCGUACACACUUCUUCAUAUUAUCGUUUACAGAAUGGACAUCCGAUCAUUUUUCGGUGGAGUGCCAAAGUCAGCUGUUUCUCCUUCACCAGGGCCUAAGAAGGCUUCUACAUCGGAUCAAUCAUCUGACUUGAAUGUGCUAAAGAAAAAAUCCAUUGACAAGGAGAAGAAUGUUAAACAACCUUUAAAACAUGUUCCCGCUGUAAAAAAACAGCCAGAGAAGAGUGAAGAAAAAGCAUCCGAUGAAUCGAUUUUGCCAUCUCGACGAAAACGUCUGAAGAAAGUGGUUGACUCUGAUGAUGAUUUUUCCACCUCUAGCCCUGCUUCAAAUCGUAAAGAGGUGACUAUACCUUUGGAUGAGAGCCCUAAAGUCAAGGUGCGUCAUUUGUUAUGGGACAACGAUGACGGUAUUCCAAAAUCACCUAGCGACAACAAGCUUAAAUCUAGCGAACUCCAGCUAGACAUUGAAUGUUACACCACUAAUGACAAGCGUCUCAUCAACCCAGCGGCCAAUAUAAAUACAUCUUCGAUGCCAAGUGUUGAUUUGGACAGCUAUCUUCAUUCUAUCGGUCUUGGCAAAUCUUCUGAUGCCAACUCUGUUCCGAUGUCUCAUACAUCCCCGAAGUCUAAUGAACCUGUGGAUAGCGUAAAGGUUGAUGAAAAAAGGUCCUUGCCUGAAGUUACAUCUGCAUUAAAGUCUCCUAAAAAGUCGAGCACGCAAAUGACUUCGAAUUUGGAAUCACCUUACCCCAAGGUGUCUUCCCCUACUCAAAUAAUAUCCACACAAUCUCUUUUAUCACCAUCGAAAUCGCCAUAUAAACCAAGACAUUCGUUGCAUACUGGUGUUGCAAAUUCCCCAAAAGCUUCGCAGCCUUUGAAUCUUUUCGAUGAUGAUGAAACACUACCUUCCUCUCCGGUAAAAUCGCCUAAGGAGGUUACACCGCAUGGUGCUUCCAACGUAAAUAAAGAAAAGGUGGUUGGUAUGCGUUUUGUUUUCACUGGUGUGCUUGAUGCUAUAGAUCGUGAUUCUGUGGUUGAGUUAGUACGUUCUUUGGGCGGUCUGACAACAGGUUCUGUUAGUUCAAAGACUAACUAUUUGGUAUAUGGUGAGAAGCUUGAGGAUGGUCGUCAUUACACUACUGGUAGUAAGUACAAGAAGGCAUUGGAGUUCAACAAGACCAAGGAUGCUGGAAUCCAACUUUUGAAUGAAUCUGAAUUCCUUGCUCUUAUAGAUUACCAAAAUGUCAGUUCACGUUUAACGGCGGUUAAAACUAUUCCGGAUGAAAGCGUGCAUACUAUCGCUACAUCAACAGACAACACGUCACUUCCACUUUGUGAAAAGUACCGUCCCAUCCAUUUGACUGACCUGAUCGGUAACGAGGCCAAUAUUCGUAAGGUGGUAGACUGGUUGAAAUCAUGGUCUCCAGGAUCUCUACCUGCCUGUGCUUUACUCUCUGGUCCUCCAGGUGUUGGGAAGACCACUACUGCCAAGAUAGUUGCUGCUGAGUGUGGUUACGAGUGCGUUGAGUUCAACGCCUCUGAUUUGCGUAACAAAUCUGCGGUUGAGAAAAUAUCGAUGUUGGUUACUGGCGGUCAGUCAUUUAGUUUUUUGGGUGAGUGUCGUAUGAAGAAGUCACUUGUUCUCUUGGAUGAAAUUGACGGUAUGGGUGCUGGUGACCGUGGUGGUCUUCAGGCGGUUGUUGCCUUACUUCCUAAAGCUCGAUGCCCUAUAAUUUGCAUAUGUAACGACCGUCACAAUCAGAAAAUGACGACUCUUGGUGGCAAGAGUUUGGACGUUCGUUUUUCAUCGCCUACAUUGAUGCAGUUCCGUGCUCGUAUUGCUAGUGUAUGUGCUGCUGAGGGUAUUACAGUCCCCCAGGAUACGGUUGCGCAGCUAUAUGAACAAGGUGGUGGUGAUUUCAGGCACGCGUUAAAUGCUAUAGAGUUCAAUUCAUUAGGUGACUCUGGUUCUAAGGGUCAUGCAUUAUCUGGCAGCGAUGCCAAGGACAUUGGUCACACCAAGAAUCUUUUUGAGGCAACUGGUCGUUUAUUUUCAGCUCGUUCUGGUUCUACGGAAAAGCGUUACAGGGAGUUGGAGCAGAUAUUCUUUAUUGAUUACAACAUGAUGCCUCUAAUGGCUCAGGAGAACUACAUCAAGUUCAUUCCUGUUAAUAAUCGUGCCUUGUCUAUUCUUCAGGCCUUGUCUCAAUCAUUCGUUGAGGCUGACCGUGUUGAAGAGUUUCUAAAGCGCACUCAGUCAUUCUCGUUGUUACCUGAUUUGGCUAUUCUAUCUAGUAUAUUACCCGCAAUGGUAAUAUCUACCGCUGGUGGUUCAUGCCGUGAGCGAUUAAUGUUUCCACAGUAUUUGGGUCGCUUUUCAACUACAUCCAAGAAUAAGCGUUUUCUAAGCGAUAUUGGAAAACACAUGGGUCACCGUUCGCUAAUUCGUUCAUAUCCUUUAGUGAUUGACGGUUAUCUGGAUCUGUUGUACAUGAAGAUAAUGGGCGAGUUGUCCAAGGGUGAUGUGGAUGCCACUGCAGAGAUGAUAGAAGGUUUUGGUUUAAACAAGGAGCUUGCUGUGGACGCUUUGGUAUCACUACGUUUGAAAUCGCUAGAAAACUUUUACGACAAGAUCGAUACGCGUAAAAAGACUGCGUUGACUAGGCGUUUGAACGAGCAGACUGUUAAGCUGGCUCCGACUAAACGUAAGAAGGAGAAGAUAGACUACAUCGUGGACGACGAUGCUGAUGCAGGUCCUGAAUCUGAUACGGAAUCUUCUGACAGUGAUAGCGGUCUUUUAAAGAAGAACACGCGUGCUGUUAAAAAGCGAGCAACGACAGGUGCAGCAUCCCGCCGUGGUAAGAAAUGACCACUGUAUAUAUACGCAGGGCAGCUUAGA